GUAUUGAAUAUAAAAAGAAGUCCACAGAAGAGAAAGAGGCUUUGAUAAACUGAUCCCCAACAAUCAUUCACACCCUCUCUCUAUCUAUCUCUCUCUCUCUCUCUCAAUAUCUGGAUCACAGAAGAAGAAGAGGGAAAGAGGCAGGCAGUAUGGUUGAAACGAGGCGGAGUUCUUCUUCUUCUAAGAAGCGCCAUUCUCCAUCUGGGUCGUCUCCUUUACCCAGCGGCAAACGAUCCAAGUCGCAGGAGACGGCAUCGUCGUCGAGUGAGGUCCCCGGUCCUUUGCCGGAGGAAGCCCUAUGUCAGGCGAAGGAAUCGGGUUCUGAACAUAUUGACCAGGCGCCGCAACCAUCUGAUCCGCCUCUUACCGAUACUUCCAAGGCUUCCGAUGCAUGUGAUGUGAUUGCGAAGGAGAAGUCUACCGAAGCCGUGGCGGAAGGCGAAGCCUUGGUGGCGGCGUCGCCGUUGCCUUUAGUUGAUUCUGCCGUUGGUGGCGAGAAAUCGAAGUCUGUUGCCGUGGUGUCGAAUCGGGGGAGGAAGCGAUCGGUGAAAUCCAAUGCUACUGUUGCUUGGGGAAAGCUGCUUUCACAGUGUUCUCAGUAUCCCCAUCAGCCCCUGUGUGGUCCUCUUUUCACUAUUGGCCAAAGCCGGGCUAGCAACUUGUCACUGAGAGAUCCAUCCAUUAGUAAUACCUUGUGUAGACUGAGGCAUAUAGAGCGGGGUGGUGCAUCUGUCGUUUUACUGGAGAUCACAGGAGGGAAAGGUGUUGUCCAAGUAAAUGGAAAGAUUCACCAGAAGAGUUCCACUUUAAUCAUAAGUGGUGGUGAUGAAUUGGUUUUUAGUGCAUCUGGUCAACCUGCUUAUAUCUUCCAGCAGUUCACUAGUGAUAACUUAGCUGCCCCGGUCAUUCCUUCUUCAGUAAGCAUUUUAGAAGCUCAGAGUGCUCCCGUAAAAGGAAUACAUGUUGAGGCACGAUCUGGAGACCCCUCUGCUGUUGCUGGAGCAUCAAUAUUAGCUUCUUUGUCAAAUCUACGAAAAGAUCUGUCCCUUCUUCCACCUCCUAAAAAUGGUGAGGAUGUGCAACAAGGCACUGAAAUGACCACGCCACCUUGUGGAGCUUCUGAUAGUUGUAUACCAGAUGCUGACAUGAAGGAUGCUGAAAAUAAUGAUGUGGCUGGGGUUUCUUCGAGGGAAAAAACUGAUGUUCCAUCCUCUGAAGCUGCCAACGAAAAUCUUAAUCUUCAGAGUAUCGGACUGGAUGCUUGUACGGAUGCAGAAAUUGGAAAAGUACCUGGGGCAACUUAUGAAUUAAGGCCGCUCCUGCGGAUGCUUGCUGGAUCAUCUUCUUCUGAUUUUGAUUUAAGUGGCAGCAUUUCAAAGAUUCUUGAAGAGCAAAGGGAAAUUAGAGAAAUCCUCAAGGAUUUGGAACCUCCAAUGGCUUUGACAUCAACAAGACGCCAAGCAUUUAAAGAUAGUUUACAAGAAGGAAUUCUCAGUUCUGAUGACAUUGAAGUUUCAUUUGAAAGUUUCCCAUAUUACCUGAGUGAUACAACAAAGAACGUUUUGAUUACUUCCACAUACAUACAUUUGAUGCGUAUUAAAUUUGCAAAGUAUACCAUGGACCUCUCUUCCGUUUGUCCGCGAAUUUUACUAUCUGGUCCUGCAGGUUCUGAAAUAUACCAGGAAACUUUGACGAAGGCACUUGCUAAACAUUUUACUGCCAGACUGCUUAUUGUUGAUUCUCUUCUAUUGCCUGGUGGAUCAACCCCAAAGGAUCCUGAUCCUGUGAAAGAAAAUAUGAGGGGCGAAAGAGCAUCAAUUUUUGCAAAACGAGCUGCACAGGCAGCUGUAUUACAGCAUAAAAAGCCAGCUUCGAGUGUUGAGGCUGAUAUUACAGGUGCAUCCACAGUAAGCUCUCGAGCUCUGCCGAAGCAGGAGACAUCAACUGCUACAUCUAAAAACUACAUAUUCAAAGCAGGUGACAGAGUAAAAUUUGUGGGUCCGCCACCUUCUGGAUUUUCUCCUAUGCCGCCUUUGAGGGGACCAACUAAUGGUUAUCGAGGCAAAGUACUACUUGCUUUUGAAGAAAAUGGAUCCUCCAAAAUUGGGGUUAGAUUUGAUAGAUCGAUUCCGGAAGGGAAUGAUCUCGGAGGUCUUUGUGAAGAUGAUCAUGGUUUCUUUUGUCCUGCUGAUCUACUUCGUUUAGAUAGUUCCAGCAGUGAUGAUGUUGAUAAGCUUGCACUCAAUGAACUCUUUGAGGUUGCUUCAAAUGAAAGUAAAAGCAGCCCUUUGAUAUUGUUUAUAAAAGACAUAGAAAAGUCUAUAGUGGGAAAUCCAGAGGCAUAUGCAGCAUUCAAGAGUAAGCUUGACAAUUUACCAGAGAAUAUAGUUAUAAUUGGCUCACAUACCCAGAUGGAUAGCCGCAAAGAGAAGUCCCAUCCUGGUGGUCUUUUAUUCACGAAGUUUGGAAGCAACCAAACAGCUUUACUUGACCUGGCAUUUCCGGAUAACUUUGGUAGACUGCAUGAUAGAAGCAAAGACCCCAAGACAAUGAAGCAACUCACUCGGCUUUUUCCAAACAAAGUGAUGAUACAGCUGCCACAGGAUGAGUCACUUCUUUUGGAUUGGAAGCAGCAGUUGGACCGUGAUGGUGAAACUCUAAAAGCACAGGCAAACAUUGUUAACAUUCGUUCAGUUCUAAAUCGCAAUGGUUUGGAUUGCCCUGACCUUGAGACGCUAUCCAUAAAAGAUCAAUCCCUUGCAAGCGAUGGUGUGGAUAAGUUAGUAGGCUGGGCUUUAAGUUACCACUUUAUGCAUUGUUCUGAUGCCUCCGUCAGAGACUCUAAACUUUUGAUUUCCAGUGAAAGUAUUAGCUAUGGUCUCAAUCUUCUACAAGGUAUUCAAAGUGAAAGCAAGAGUUUGAAGAAAUCCCUCAAGGAUGUGGUUACUGAGAAUGAAUUUGAAAAGAAACUUCUUUCAGAUGUUAUUCCACCUAGUGAUAUUGGAGUAACUUUUGAUGAUAUUGGAGCUUUAGAAAAUGUGAAGGACACCUUGAAGGAAUUGGUGAUGCUUCCUCUUCAAAGGCCAGAACUAUUUUGUAAGGGACAGCUGACUAAGCCUUGCAAGGGAAUUCUUCUAUUUGGGCCUCCUGGGACUGGAAAAACAAUGCUUGCGAAGGCGGUUGCAACUGAGGCAGGUGCAAAUUUUAUCAACAUAUCAAUGUCUAGUAUCACUUCAAAGUGGUUUGGGGAAGGAGAGAAAUAUGUCAAAGCUGUGUUCUCUCUAGCUAGUAAAAUUGCACCUAGUGUUGUUUUUGUUGAUGAGGUUGACAGCAUGUUAGGGAGACGUGAAAAUCCGGGAGAACAUGAAGCUAUGAGGAAAAUGAAGAAUGAGUUCAUGGUGAACUGGGAUGGCCUACGUACAAAGGAUAAAGAACGUGUAUUGGUACUUGCCGCCACCAAUAGGCCUUUUGACCUUGAUGAGGCUGUUAUUAGGAGGCUACCCAGGAGAUUGAUGGUGAAUUUGCCAGAUGCUUUAAAUAGAGAGAAAAUUCUGAGAGUUAUUCUGGCCAAAGAAGAAUUGGCACCUGAUUUUGGUUUGGAAGCAGUUGCAAAUAUGACUGAUGGGUAUUCUGGAAGUGACCUAAAGAAUCUUUGUGUGACUGCAGCCCACUGUCCCAUAAGAGAGAUUUUAGAGAGAGAAAAAAAGGAGAAGGCAUUAGCAUUGGCAGAGAGCAGAGCUUUGCCUGCAUUAUAUUGCAGUACAGACAUCCGUCCUUUGAACAUUGAGGAUUUUAGAUAUGCGCAUGAGCAGGUAUGUGCAAGCGUCUCUUCAGAAUCUACAAAUAUGACCGAGCUGCUGCAAUGGAACGAAUUAUAUGGAGAAGGUGGAUCAAGGAAGAGGGCAUCCCUCAGCUACUUCAUGUAGGUGUCUUAUGUGUAUAGCUGCAGCAUUCCUUAUUUAGUUCAUUCUUCUUCUACUUCACCGUAAGAUGCCCCAGCUGAGAUAUAGGGAACUGAUACACCAGUGGAAAUUCCAUUGCAGCUCCCACCCCCAUUGUAUGAUAUAUAGGUGUAUGUGUAUUUUUCCUCAUCCCAUCCAUUAGAAAUUUUUAAAUAUUAUCUAACCAAAGCAUUUUUGCUACUCUGGGCCCUUUCUGCCUGUACAUACUAUUUGAUCAAUUAUAGUCUCUCUUUUUUUUUU